CUUUCAUUCUGUUUCCCAUUUCACUUUCUGCUCUUUUUCUCACUCACAGCACAUUGCCUUUCUGUCUUUUGUUAUCAUUAUUGUUUUUAUUUUGCUGCUUGCUUUGCUGGUGAGUCCCAGUGUAGAAGUGUGCUGUGCAUCCAUAACUGGAAACUCUUCUCUCUCUAUCUCUCUCUCUCUUUCUCUCACUCAAAAAGUCACAAGCCAUAGUUGGCACUUUCACACCAACACAACCUAUUCUUCUCUUCCUACCAUAACUCAUUUGCUGCUACACAAACAGAAGGAGUAGGAGACAUUCACUCACAUUCACUGUAGAAAUCAUACACAAACAAAGAAAGGCAAAGAAAUGAGUUUGUCCUCCAAUAGCCAUCCAUUUCUGUAAAUCAUUAACUAGGACUUGACUUCCUAUGUCUCUUCUAUCAAUCACUCUUCUCUAGAUUUAUACCUAAUGGGGGCUGCCACUCUCAUAGCAAGGCCACAGCCAAGGAUAAUUUUCUUGAAGAUUAUUCUUGUUGGAAUCCUCUGCAGGCUUAACUCCUUGCUUUCGUCAAGUUUGGAGUUGCUUUGAAGUGCAUCAUGGUGUUUGUGCUUUCAGUUCCAAGUUUUCCAACACAUAGCUAAAGGGAAACACUUUAUUAUUUGUUUGUUCAGGUUUUACUGCUCUCCUAAUAAUUCUCCUUAAAGUUUACCCAAUUAUUGUCUUAACUGCUACAGUUCAUGUAAGAUUUGGUGGAGUUGGAGUGAGGGGGAGAGGGAGAGGGAGAGAGGGGAAUGAAAUGCUCGGAAUCAAGAAAAGAUUGGCAAGAAUUGAGUGAAUCUCUGCCUCUUCCGCUUUGCCUUUUGCAAGGAUUCUUGAGAGAAAAGUGUUUCAUUGUAACGGCUGAAACGUUCAAAGCUGCUUUCAUACUUCUGCCCCUCUGAAGAAUAUUUUUCUUUAUUUCUUUAUUACAUCAUAACGUGCUUACAAGUUCCCAUCUUUAAGACCCCUUUGAAGAGAUUUCUUGCUUAUUGAUCAGUAUCAACUAUUCGUUUGUGAUAUUGCAUUGGGAUUUUAUCAGUGAGGCCAAGCACAGAAACCACAUCGUGCCGAAUUUCCAGAAUUUCCUAAAUUAAGCAUCCAUGGAGCUUCUUCCAAGUCUAGUAAUCAUGCUUGUUCUUGUUCCGUGUUUCGAAUCACUUCCUGGUGUCAGGGCUCAGUCUACUACUACUUCUCCUGGGUCUUCUUCAACAAGGGAAGAAGCAAGGGCUCUUGAUGCACUUCUGCAACAAUAUGCUUAUAGGGCUUUGAUGAACCCAAAAACAGGUAUCAUUUACAAUGCAACUCAUCUUCCUUCCAAUUUGUCUGGGAUUGAGGUUGCAGCAUUGAGAUUAAGAAGUGGAAGUUUAAGGAGAAAAGGGUUCCAACCAUACAAUGAGUUUGAAAUUCCCAUGGGACUCAUUGGGAGGCCAUAUGUAGAAAGGCUUGUUUUGGUGUACCAAAAUCUGGGUACUAGAUCCUCCAGGUACUACCCUUUGACAGACUAUACCUAUUUGGCUCCAGUGUUGGGACUACUGGCUUAUGAUGGUUCUAAUCUGUCAGCUUCAAAUUUAUCAGAACUACAGAUAGAUGCGUCUGGUGGCCCUAUAUUGGUCAAGUUCGGGGCUGUUAAAUCAGUCCCUCAUGGUGCUGUUGCAAAAUGUGUUUGGUUUGAUUUGCAGGGUUCUUCCAAUUUCAGUGAUGUAACAACAGACAACACUUGUUCAUCUUUCCAACAGGGUCAUUUCUCUAUAGUUGUUAAAUCCACUGCUCCAGCUCCAGCACCAGCAUCUCCUACUCCUGCAAGUCCUCCAAAAAGGGGGCCGUCACCAAGUGCUCAAGGAAAAGGUGAGAAGGAUAAUAAAAAGGUGUGGAUCAUUGUAGGGUCUGUUGUGGGGGGACUAGUAUUGCUUGUGCUGUUGUCACUUCUUGUUUUGUGGAUGAGAAAGUACAAACAGAAGAAGAAAAUGCAACAGAUGGAAAAGGCGGCAGAGUUGGGAGAACCUCUUCAAAUGGCCUCAGUUGGGGAUACAAAAGCCCCUGCUGCAACAGUAACAAGAACACAACCAACCCUUGAACAUGAAUAUGCACCAUGACACAAUAUUUUUGCACAAUCUUCAGUUGCUCUUCCACUCAUUCAAGUUAAUUUACUGUAUUCAGAAAUUCUUCUAAUCACACGUUUUUUUUUUGCCUGCCCCCCGUUUGUUUCCUUAACAUAGGAUUUUUGUGUAAAUCUGUUAUUUCUUUGUGAUUCAUUGUGGUGUGAAUUAGUCGUAGCCAAAAGUGAUGAUUAUGUGAUGAAUUCAGUUAUUCCAUGGACAAAGAAUAAAAUUCUAAGACCUACAUGUUUGGGUUA